GAUGACCUUCAGUAGGAUUGAGCUCUUUCACAUACGCUCUGUAUGCAGUCACCAGCUACGGUCUGGCCCUGCUAACGUCGCUCGACAGUCACAGCAGCUAGAGUGUCGCAAGGAGUUCCUGCCUUGAAAGAGUAACCCUAGAUUGUCUUGUUUUGUUGUGGCUUUUGAGGUGGCCAAUCACUCCCCGGGAACGACGUGGUCAAGUCCCACAUCUGUAGCUGGUUCUGCAACACUUGUUGUUUCUGUGGUUUUCCUUCUCCGGUAGCAGCAGUAGCAUCCGUUGCCCCCCCGUGACAUUGAAUCAGAGAGUCUCGUAGAGUUGAGAUAUUGAUCCAUGCCGCUGUUGCCCUUCUGACCUCCGCUGUGGAGACGUCGAGAUCGAUCUGCGAACAGUCGAUGCACUUACUGUGGAGGAGCUAGUCAGAGUGAUUCGUCUAUUACUUUCCUGGGCACUCGUUUCCUGCAACUUCGUUUGGGGAUUUCAUGCGUAGUCAAUAGUCCUUCACCUUGUAAACUCUAGCAUUCUUCCCGAGUCUGACGAGUCUGCUGAAGUCUGAAACAACGGUUUUUUGCAGCGCCUCUCCAGUGUAGUGGUAGCGCCUUGACACAUUUUGUGUGAGCUGGAGUUCAACAUCUGGUCUCCGAUUCAGAUGUCAACUCACACUCUUUAGUCUCUCUGCAUCACAGCCCCCACAGGCACGUCUGGGUGUUUUGGCGUAGAGGAGAGGCGGGUACGGGCAGAUCUCUCAAAAUCAAUCAAACCCGCUCCUGCAGAGGUGUCCUGUCGCCAACGGGUGGAAGAGAUUUCAUUCGAAAAUCUGCAUGUCGUGGAGCGAUUCUGCUCCGAUUAGGUGAAGUGGAACAGGAAUGAACACGUCGGCCGUUUUGUAUCGUAAGCAGUCCAAGACUUGCCAAGUGGGGAUUUCAGCAAUCGAAAUGAAGAGAGUUUACAAGUCUAUAUAUUGUUCAGGUUCCGAAGGGGAGCAUUGAGGUCUCAGGACCUACUGAUAUGUUGAUUCUGUCUCAUUGCAGUCUGCUUGCGACUUCGAGACUUUGUGUAAUUAUGGUAUUCGGAAUCUGCGAAGCUAAGAGGAAUUCCACAAUGUGAACAUUUGACAUUGUAUGGCUUCUUAAAUGCGAGUCAUCAUUUCGACAAUUGAGUGCUUCGAGCCGCACUUUUGAAACUAGCUUCAGAACACGUUUCAGGGGAACAAAUUUGCUUACUUUGCGACGCAUCGAAGGAGAGUUUCAUAAUCUUUAGUAUGGAUGGGCAGAUCACCCUCUGCACCUCUGGUACUCGCAGGCGAUCUUUAACUCUUUAGAGACGUGUACCUGGAGGUGAGAAAUGGACACAAAUUUCCAUUCUAUGUAGUUGGCGUUCAAGCGGUUCAGGAGGGAUACUAGGUUCGGAAGCAGAGCACUGCAACGUGAAGCAUUAACUUGAGUAGAGUGCAGGGAAGCGGACCAGAAAAAGAACACCAAGUAUCCUUUGCAGCGCUCUCGGAGCUCAGGUAUUUUCUCACCUUACAGGUGCGAAUCAUGUAGUCCUCGAAUGAAUUAGGAAGGAAACGCUGCCUACGAUGCUCUCCCUAUGAUCAACUCCUUCAUCACUGCGAGAGAGUGCCGCUGUCCAUAUCGGAAACACUUCCAUAGAACAUCAAGAGCACGCUUCUAUCAAUGUACGCCUAGGAGCGCUACUUUAAACGAUCACGAGGUAUUCGAAACUGAACAAUCUAGAAACAGUUGCUUCGGUAUUCUGCAUUUGGUGACAGCAACUUUGUAGACUCGCACUUUGGCACAAGGAUCUGGAUUCGAAAGAGCAACUCCGCAUUGGAUGGAAACGAGUAGAAUUUCAUAGGUUGUAGCCCUGAAUCCUUGACUUUUUGAAUGUGAUCAGUGUUCGAAGAAAAUAACUCUUUACAUUCAGACAUCGACCCCUAGAGCUUUCUGUUAAAGUGCUAUAGCCUGCGAGCUGAAUUGUCGGAAUCUGUGGUAAUUCGCUAAGAUGCGUACGUCCCAUCGUGUACCAGGCAAUCCAUCAGGAGAACAUGAGCAUGGGUGUGGGAGGUCGACACUCUCAGUGGUUAAGAGAAGUUAUGAAAUAUUGCAUUGCCAGGUAUCUGUCUGUCCGUCUAUCUGCACGGCGUAUGCAUCUCAGUCUCUUGUACACAUCUACUCCACGCAGUCCUUGUUUUUAAGUUUUAUGAACCAGUGACGAGGAUUGUGCGUCACGUUGCAGCGACUAUGGGCUAAUGAACCUGGUCAUUAGAACUGCUUGGCUGGUUGCCUUCGCUGGCAGCUGCUGCAGUUUGACCGCCCUUGAUUUACGUAACAUCUUCGUUGGCAUGUCUACGGAAGAGAUUCGUCAAGCGAUUAAAUGGUACAGUGCGCACACACGCUCUUUUGAACGGGAACUAUUUCAACAUGUGACAUAAUGGAGGAAUACAUUGUCCCUGAUAUCCGUGCUGGUCUUCUUGCCGAUACAAAGCUGUCAAAAAGGGGUCACAGCCACAAUGCAACGAAUUCUUUAGGAUUGCAGCUGUCAAAAGUAACCCGGUCACAACCAAGUUGCAAAUGUGCACGCGCAUGCGAAGCUGUCAAGAUUGUCGUCUACAUGCACAUCUUUGUGGUCACUAACGCGAAUUAGACGAGUUGUAGGCAGAUACGUCGGGUUGAGGUCAUAACUAUGCUACACUUGAUACAUACCUUCUUUUGUGAAUGUUAUCUGCGCACUUGUUUUUAAGGUGACUGCAUUCAUUUCAAGCUAUUAACUUUUUUCGAUUCAAUCUGUUUCGGAGGAUAUUGUGUGCUAGAUCCACAGUUUGGAUGGUAGACUCUAACAGGGUGCCACAUGGUUUUGCAUAACUUGGGUAGCGGAUUGGAUAGACGGGGUUGACGUAGAGAUUGAUGCGAAACAGUGAUUGGCAGAUAAAUCUUAUCAGAGAUGGUGAAGCUGGAGCUGUUGGACUCAUCUUCGAUGAUUUGAUCCACAAAAGGCCAUUUUCCACAUGAUCCUCACAAGAAUGGUAUCGUAAUUUUCGGUGGAAUGGGAGCAAGUGCAUGCUGGAUAGCCUCCAUCCCAGCUCAUGAUUGGGCCGGGCCCCUCUCCAUGCUGAACGACAUCGAGCUACUAGCUCAUCGGCUAGUUUCGUGUAGUUUGGAGCUUGAUUCGAUAUCGACGCUGGUGCAGCUGUGAGCGCUCCAUGCAACAUGUCAGAUGCCGGGGGAAACCCUCAUGGGGUUGGGAAAGAGCGAUCUCCGGACGGUAACGCAGGUGUUGACUCGGGAGCCGACGAGCAGGACGAUUCCAACGAGCGCGUAGAGAGUCCCACGUUGUCUAAGAGAGAAGAGAGGGAAGUGCGCAAGAAGGCCAAGCUCGAGGGUGAUACACGUCACCCAAUCUACCGAGGAGUUCGCAAGCGGCCAUGGGGCAUCUGGGUCACUGAAAUCCGGCGACCAAAGAAUAAAUCCCGUAUCUGGUUAGGAAGUUUCGCGACCGCAGAGAUGGCAGCACGUGCUUAUGAUUGUGCAGCUUUGGCCUUAAGAGGGAACGGUGCGCUUUUGAACUUUCCAAAGAUGGCAGCCUCACUUCCACGACCAGCUGACCUUACCGACAAGUCCAUCCAGGCAGCAGCCACUAUCGCAGCCAACAAUUUCGCACAACUUCCAAGUGAGAUGGAUGUGUAUGGCGCGAUGCCAUCACAAUCAGCUCUGUCUUCCUCACCGAAAGGUGAUGAGGAUCACCAGCAGCAUGGCUCACAACAGAAGUUAAGGCAAACGUCAAAAAGUACCACAUUCACACUAGGCAGAGUAGGAGGAAGUUCAUCGCAAAGAUUGAUAUCUAAUUCAGACGGUAGUAAAUCCUACCAACCAUCCUCUUCGACUAAGCAAGGGGAAGAAGCAAACCUUCAUAAAAUCAUAGUAAGCACCAGCAACCCUCAGUCUAGAAGUAGCGAAAUUGCAGGGACACAAAGUAGAUACAGCAGCAUGUGUACAAGUGACACAGAAUCGAUGGAGAAUCUGAAACAUCAUGCGACCGGAGGCGAGAACAAUCCGCCCUCUUCCUCCGGCGUCCAGCAACUAUUGUUUGUUGAUUCAGAAGACAUGUUCACAAUCGGAUUUACAAAUCUGUGCGAUGCUAUGUGCAUCCCACCGCCGGCUCCAGAGCAUGCCACUGAAACUGAUGGCGAGGAGGGUUCGACAAUCUGGGAGCCGCACCUCUGGAGUUACUAAUCAAAUUUAAUUCCGUCAUCCAUUUGAUGGUGAAGAUUAUUAUCCUAGCUUAGAUCAUCACAGGCUCCAAGCCUCACGUUUGGUUGGCAUGAUAAAUUUUGGAAACCCUUUAGUUCUGGGUGUUCGUUUACGGUUGAAGCCUUUUCAGUUCAGUGGAAUAACAAGCGUUUUAAUUGCUUCGGCAUUCCAUUCA